AUAUUUUUUCUUAGGUUCUUUAGCUCACAGUUACAGGCAUAACUCUCUCUCAUCUCUCUCCCUUAGCACUUCAUUCUCCGAUUGCGGAUGGCAACUUUCUUCUCCGGCGACGUCAUAAAAUUUCCUCCCUCUGAUCGGAGAAUAUCACAGGUUGCUCCACUGACCCCUUAAACCUUUCUCUCUCUCUGCGAUUUACCGCUUGAGAACUUUUAUGGGAUACUGCUUCAAUUGCUCUUAAAGAGAAUCAUUGUUUACAUCAGAUGAGUGGUGCUUCUACAUCUAGUGGCCUAAGAGCGGCCUUCUCCUAUUGUGUGCAGCAAGUACGAAAUUAUGAUUAUCCUCAUUACCUUUGCCUUCUUGAACUUCCGCCAAACAUGCGAAGGGCUGCCUUUGCAUUACGUGCUUUUAAUGUUGAAACAGCUAGAGCUAUGGAUGUUGCUUCUGAUCCUAAAAUCGGCCUUGUGCGCCUACUAUGGUGGCAAGAAGCCAUAGACAAAAUUUUCUCCCACAAGUUAAUUGAGCAUCCGGUUGCCCAGGCUUUAACAUCUAUCCGUUCUGAGCAUAAAAUAAGCAAAAGCUGGCUGAAAAGAUCAGUGGAAGCUCGCAUAAAUGAUGCGAAAAGAGAGGUUACUAACAUUCCAGAAGCUAUUGAAGAACUAGAGCGAUAUGCUGAGGAUACUGCAUCCACACUACUGUACAUAACCCUUCAAGCUGGUGGUAUUACAUCCACUGCUGCAGAUCAUGCUGCAUCACAUAUAGGCAAGGCUAGCGGUCUCCUUGUGCUGCUCAGGUCAUUGUCUUACCAUGCCAGCCGCAACCGUCAUUUUUCCUACAUACCUGCUCAGGUGGCGGAGAAGCAUGGAUUGCUGGUGAAUCAGGGUGGUCGGAGAGAGAUUCAAAUUGAUUCUCGUGAGGGAAUAUGUAAUGCAGUUUUUGAAAUAGCAUCUGUAGCCAAUGUGCAUUUGCUAAAAGCCCGGGAGUUGUGUGGAACAGUGCCUGCCGAGGCUCGGCCUGUACUCCUACCUGCUGUGCCUGCUGAGGCCAUUUUGGAUUCUCUAAGCCGUGUGCAGUUUGAUGUGUUUGAUCCAAGGCUGAAUCGAGGGAUAUUAGGGACUCCUCCUUUGUGGUUCCAGAUAAAAUUGAAGUGGUAUUCUUGGAGAGGAAAAUACUGAAAGCUACUAAAAUUGGUGAUGUGCAAAUUAGUUAGAAUUCUUGCUGGAUGGAUGGAACAAGUACAAAUUACAAAAGGCAUGAAUUCCCUUGGCUUCCUGGCACACUUACCUCAUGAUAGUGGUAGGAAUAAGUACGAGAGUCGAGUAACUAUGAUUAUAGUGCCCGGAGUAGAUUUAUUUGUUUGCUUAAUAUUUUGCCAAUAAAGGCUGUUAUCUUCUAUGCCACUUCAAAUGAGAAUCCACAAGGCUACCUGCAAUAAAGGAGUUUUUGCUUAUAGAAUCCACGAACUAGCUUCAUUAGGUUGCCAACCAAUUUUGUCUUCGGUUGAAGCAAUUAUAGUAGAAUGCAAGACACACUGGAUCUAUGGCCAUAUCUUGUCAUAUACUGCCAUUUAUUUUUUUUAUUUAUUAUUUUUUUAAAUAAGUAAUAUUUCUAUAUUUCAGGCUCAA